GGUUUCAACGUCCCAGAAUCAUCGCAUCUCAUCUAUAAUUAUCCUUGUCAACAACAUGAACGCCAGCACGUCAAAGAAAACACACCGCCCACGUACCCUCAGCGUCAAAAGCCUACACCAGGAAUCUUAGUUUUCGCCAAACUUGCGUUUCUGGACUGCAAGGUUACACGAUGUUAUGGCUGUGGCUACUCCUUGAAGCCAGACGGAACCAUACCCGAUCUGCCUGAUGACCUUGUGCUAACUACAAGACUUCACCGACAAUAUUACAAGGCAGGUCAGCAACAAACGUUACCAGAUAUUUCAAAUGUGUACUACCAUGUCAAACCAUUCUGC